GCGCGCGCGCGCGCGCCGCCUGUAUUGAGCCCGAUAUCUGCAGGCCCGGCGCGGCUCGCAAGUACCCGUCCCGGUCGGUGAGGCCGGGCCCACAGGUCCUGGUCCCGAUCUCUGUAGGUGAAGACGGGCCCGGUCUCGGCAGAUGGUCUGGGCUUCGGCCCGCUGGAGCUCUCAGCAGACGGCUGAUGAGUUAGAUACUUGCAUUUAUUUCAGUGUGUUGAGAUACAUCAAUAAAUAUUUGGGUCACUUGGAACACAAGAGAACACAGCCUUCGUUAAAUGAAAAUGUCUUAUUUAGCCCAUGAAGUUGAACUGAGCAAGCGUCAUGAAGAAAUAUUAGGCCUGAGAAAUACGCUGCUUCAGCAAAUGGAAAACAAGCUUGAAAGUCAGAUAAAUGAGAAAAAACUGCAAGCAGUUGAGUUUGAGUCAGUGAAUGAAAGAAACGCAUCACUUUUAAAGGAUUUGGAAGUAGCCGAAAAAAAAUUAAGAACUGAAAUGUGUACACAUCUGCAUCCUACUGUUCUCACUCUUGAGACUAAAUACUGGGCAUCCGUUGAAGAACAUCUGCCUAAAUGGGAACAGUUUUUACUGGGGCAAACAAAGAGUCCUGUUGAAGUGACGUAUCCAAGGGACAAAAAAUCACAGAAGAAAGAUCCUCAAGAUAAAGUUACCAUUAAAAGCAGUAAUUUACCCCCUUCAGCAACAACUUGCAAGACACCUCCUCAGUUUCCCCCGACACAAAAUCAAAAGAGAACAAAAGUUCAUAAGAAAAGGAUAACAUAGAAAGUACUUCCAUUAACAAUUAAACUUUGGGAAGAUUUGUUCCAAGACUUUACUGUUAACUGAACAGAUCAUGUCAUUUUUGCAUGACAGUAUAACUUAAUUCUUUGACUGCUGAAUGCUCUACUGCUUUCAUAAUUUUCAACAAAUUUUUUUUUUCUGUAAACUUCUAUUGUGGAAUGAUAUAAAAUCAGUUCAGAGAAAUCUAUAUCUGCGGAAAAUAAAUGCAAUUGACCAAA